UGCCGGACCAACAGCCAGAUGACCCAGAGCCUACAGGACACAAAGACAGAGGCCUUUGUGGCAUUAUCUGCAGGUGAAAUGAAACCUCCCUGCAAACUGAUCGACAGAACACACCAUGUCACUGAGAAAGUCACCCAGGUGAUGUCUCUGGGUGCUGAUGUGUUACCCGAGUAUAAACUGCAGACUCCCAGGAUCCAGAAGUGGACCAUCCUCCACUACAGUCCUUUCAAAGCUGUGUGGGACUGGGUCAUUUUGCUUUUGGUCAUUUAUACAGCCAUAUUCACUCCUUAUUCGGCUACAUUUCUACUGAGUGACCAGGAGGAAGCAGCCAUGCAGACCUGUGGUUACUCCUGUUCUCCCCUCAAUGUGGUGGAUCUUAUCGUGGACAUCAUGUUCAUUGUUGACAUCAUCAUUAACUUCAGGACCACAUAUGUUAACUCCAAUGAUGAGGUGGUGAGCCAGUCUUCUCGGAUUGCAGUCCACUACUUUAAAGGGUGGUUCCUCAUCGACAUGGUGGCAGCCAUUCCCUUUGACCUCCUCAUCUACCGCUCAGGAGAGGAGACCACCACCCUGAUUGGCCUACUGAAGACAGCCCGGUUACUGCGAUUGGUUCGUGUAGCCAGGAAGUUGGACCGCUACUCAGAGUACGGUGCAGCUGUCCUCUUCCUCCUCAUGUGUACCUUCGCCCUCAUCGCGCACUGGCUGGCCUGCAUCUGGUAUGCCAUAGGGAAUGUUGAGCGGUCAUCCUCGACUGGGAUUGGCUGGUUGGACAAUCUGGGUGAGCAGCUUGGGAGGCCCUACAAUGACUCCAUUGUCGGGUCAGGUCCUUCCAUCAGAGAUAAAUACGUCACCGCUCUGUACUUCACCUUCAGUAGUCUGACCAGCGUAGGCUUCGGGAACGUCUCCCCAAACACCAACUCUGAGAAAAUCUUCUCCAUCUGCGUCAUGCUUAUCGGAGCUCUGAUGUAUGCCAGUAUUUUCGGUAAUGUGUCAGCCAUUAUCCAGCGGCUGUACUCUGGUACGGCACGCUACCAUGCCCAGAUGAUGAGAGUCCGAGAGUUCAUCCGCUUCCACCAGAUCCCCAACCCUUUGAGACAGCGGCUGGAGGAAUACUUCCAACACGCUUGGUCGUACACUAAUGGAAUAGAUAUGAACGCUGUUUUAAAAGGCUUCCCAGAGUGUCUCCAGGCAGAUAUUUGUCUCCACCUCAACAGGUCACUGCUGCAAACCUUUAAGGCUUUUAAAGGAUCUACUAAGGGCUGUCUCAGAGCCCUGGCCAUGAGGUUUAAGACCACCCAUGCUCCUCCUGGUGACACCCUAGUCCACACUGGAGACCUGAUAUCAGCUCUGUACUUCAUCUCUCGAGGAUCCAUAGAGAUCCUCAAAGAAGACGUGGUGAUAGCUAUACUGGGGAAGAAUGAUAUCUUUGGAGAGCCCAUUAAUCUAUUCGUUCUGCCAGGAAAAUCCAGUGCAGAUGUCAGAGCUCUGACUUACUGUGAUCUGCACAAGAUACAAAGAGAGGAUAUGCUGGAGGUUUUGGGUAUGUAUCCUGAAUUUUGUGAAUAUUUCUGGUCCAACCUGGAGAUCACCUUCAAUCUCAGAGACGUAAAGAAUGAAGCUGUAGGUUUUAUGAGUGGAGAAGACUGUGAGGGGUUCAGCAGACCACUCAGGAAACGUAACCUGUCUUCCACUCACACAGGUGACAUCAUCUCAGCAGGGAGGGAGAGAGUCGGACGUACAAGACAACCCAGUAGCUGUGAGCAGCAUGCGGGCAGCAACAGAGAUGAUCAUAACCAUACAAUAUAUGGCCCUGUGUUUUCCAGUGACGAUGAAGGGGAGGACUCAGAGGAGACCCGACCCGCUCAGACCUCCGCCAGUCCUGCUGCUGCCACAAACGCUCCGGGGUGCCCCGACCCUGGUAUGAGAGUGAAGACCUGUAACGCUUUAACAGAUGCGUUCUCAGGGGUGUCCGACAUCUUCACCUUCUGGGGCUCAGAGAGUCGAGAGGAGCAGAGAUACCAGGAGGUGCCCUGCUCUCACAGCCUUCCUUCACCACCUCCUCCUCAGCCCCCCUCCCUGGAGCUCUUUGACCUGCCCUCCUCUUCCCAGUGUCCCUGCAGUACUCCUCUUCCUUCUCCUCCCCCUCCUUUGUCCACCAUCCCUCGGAGGCAGAAGGUGGAGUUCGAGAAGAAGAUGGUGAGACUGCAGAGACAGAUAACCAGGUUAGAGCUUCAUAUGUCAGCAGACAUUGGGACCAUCAUGCAGCUGCUGCAGAGGCAAAUGCCAAUGAUCCCUCCUUCCUACAGCACCCUGACACCAACAUCCAACGCCCUCUCCUCCCCUACCGGCACCCCAACCCAUGCCUCUCCCACCGACGAGUCACCGAUAACCAACCCCCAGCAGCAACUGUCCAAUGAAAACCAAGAUCAACAACUUGAACGAGAAGUGAACUCUCUGGAUUUCGGUUCCUCGGUCUUCCACCCUGCUGCCUCCCCCCCUCUCAUCCAUACCUCUUCAUAUCAGUCACUGUUUUCUUCCCCAAACUUCCCCCAGGACACCUUAACAUCCUCACCCCUUCCUCAAACUUCUAUGCAGUCUUCCUCUGCUGUCCUUCCUCAGACAGGAAGUCAGUGUGUGUCUCAUUCAUUGUCCCGCCCCUCACCUCUCAGCACCCUGAAUCCUCAGUGGCCAGAGAGGCUUGAUCAACCAGCCCUUCCUGUUAGGACACAGGAUCUGAUAUCAGAUUGGGAGGUCCAGUCCUCAAAACGCCCAUCUGUUGACAGACAACACCUGCUUCAGCCAAAAGACAGUCAGUCAGAGCUCCUCCUCCAGGAUGGAAUCAACCAAUCAGAACAGGGCCCGCUGCUCUCAGCUGCUCAGCCCAAUACAGAAGCAGCAUUAAAGCCGCAUGGGAGCCAGCGGCGCCUGUCCAUGUCGGGAUCGUUGGACAGCAGCUAGCUGACUCACACUGACUACAGUUCAAACCCAGGAAGUUAAGUGAUGAAGAGGUUUGGCAUGUCACCACACGCAGAGUCAGCUAAACGUUGUGAACAUGCGCCUGUAAGAUGAUGUAUAUGAUGUACAGUAGAUCACAAUGAAUGAACAAGUUGGUUAAUGGAUCCAACCAACAUGCCCUUUGUUUAGGCUCUCGUCUCUGCAGAGUUAGUUUGAGAUAUUCCUCCUUUUAGCUGUGUUUGUUCUGGUAAAACGUUCAUCAUUGAAUAUUUUCUAUUGAUGCCCCACUGAGGUUUGUUUUUUGUGAAUAUGACAUUUUAACCACAGUGUAAAAAGCCAUUUAUUUCCAUUUUUCUCUGACUGACAUUAUUCUUCAAAGCUGGCUGCUAUUCCUAGACCAGGAGCCUUGCUCUCUUUCUCAGGAAGGUUCUGCCCACACAUUCACAGCUGAGGCUGCCUGGUACAACCACAGUCUGACCUGUUGGUCACCGAGUAGCUCCACUGGAGCACCUGGGGUUAAAGUUUAAAGGUUAUACUUUCCCACUUGGAUUGCUCCUGCCCUUGCUGGGAAUCAGACCAAGGACCUUACGGUCAGAGGCCUGCUUCUCUAUCUUUUUCACUUUCUAGAAGAGUUGUAUUUCAUACUAACAGGAUAACAACAACUCUUAUUUAGUAAGAUAGUAUGCAGGAACUGCAAGAUAGAGACUUUGCAUUUGUGGCCAACCCUGACUCCUUCAAAGCUACAUUCCCAUACUGUAUUCUUAUUAUGUUUUAAU